UCGGUUAGGCCUAGGCGGCCGCGCGUCAUGCCCGACGUCGGCGGCGAGGCACCACCAUGCGCCGGGCCGUCGUCGCGCCGCUAGCGCUGACGCCGAGCGCCGCGCGGGCGCCGCGCUGCCUCCAUGAAGCGGCAAAACGUGCGCACGCUGUCGCUGAUCGUGUGCACCUUCACGUAUCUGCUCGUCGGCGCGGCCAUCUUCGACGCGCUCGAGUCGGACCACGAGGGCCGGCAGCACGGGGCGCUGAUGUACAUCGAGGACAUGCUGGUGCGCAAGUACAACAUGAGUGCCGACGACCGCAAGAUCUGGCAGACGGUGGUCAUCAAGAUGGUGCCCCACCGCGCCGGCACGCAGUGGAAGUUCACCGGCGCCUUCUACUUCGCCACCACGGUGCUCACGACCAUCGGGUACGGCCACUCCACCCCGGCCACGUGGGGCGGCAAGACGUUCUGCAUGUUCUACGCCCUGGUGGGCAUCCCGCUGGGCCUGGUCAUGUUCCAGAGCAUCGGUGAGCGGCUCAACACGUUCGUCGGCUACCUGCUCAAGCACGCAAAGCGGUGCCUGCGCAUGCGCAACACGGACGUCUCGGAGACCAACCUCGUGUGCCUGGUGUCGGUGCUGAGCACCGUGGUGAUGACCACGGGCGCCGCCGCCUUCUCGGCGUACGAAGGGUGGGACUACUUCGACUCCUUCUACUACUGCUUCAUCACGCUCACCACCAUCGGGUUCGGCGACUACGUGGCGCUCCAGAAAGAGGGCGCGCUCAAGCAGAAGCCCGAGUACGUGGCCUUCAGCCUGGUGUUCAUCCUGUUCGGCCUCUCGGUGGUGUCGGCCGCCAUGAACUUGCUCGUGCUCCGCUUCCUCACCAUGAACACCGAGGACGAGCGGCGCGACGAGGCCGAGGCGCAGUGUGCGGCCCAGGAGGCCGUGCGGCUCGAGGGUGACGUCAUCACGGCUGACGGCAGCGUCGUGUCCGGCCACGGCGGCGGGGACCACUCGGACACGGACGACGUGACGUCGGUGUGCUCGUGCACGUGCUACACGCACGGCUCCUCCAGGCCGCCGCAGACGCAGCAACCAAGGUACUCGCUGCGCUAUUCCCCGUCACCGGUCGAAUCAUCUCUGGUCCACGACGACGUGUUGCUACCCAUGGACGCGCUCAUGAUGAAACGGGCCUCAGUCUGAGAAGCGGUCUGGCGCUCCGCACCCUCGCACCUCGGUGUGGAAAGGGUGUGGCGAGACUGGGAACUUGGUCGCUACCUCGCCACUGCGAUCGCCCCCCCCCCCCCCCCACACGUUCCUUUCUUUUCUCUUUUUAUUUCUCUAUCUCUCAGUUAUUCUUCUUCCAAGUAUUGUCUCUUUCUAUCUUCUUCCCUCUUCAGGAUCGCUCCCAUUCGUCCGAACGCGCCGCUCUGUCGUCGUCGUGUCACGUGGUCCGAAAGGGUGUCGGGGCUCGGCGCCUGAUAAAUCGUCUGGCCACACGCGUCCCCCCCCCCCCCCUUGCCGUUGGCCCCGCCGAUCUAUCUGUCUCUCUCGGGCAGAAGGAAAUUCGCCCACUGUCUGAAGGUCCAUUGUUGCCGCGAUCUUCCCGCUCACCUCGUCGAGACAGGCGAUAAUACAAGAAACGGAGAAUGGUACCGUGGGAAUAAUAUAUAUACCAGGUGAUUUAUCUUUUCUUCGAUUUAACGAUUCAUUAGGAUACUCCUGCGGUAGAUAGAACAAUUUCCGAAUUACGCCGAGUACUUGAAACGUCAGCAUUACUUAGACGACCAAUCCCAGCGUGAUGUUAGCUAAUUUACGAAACAUUAUUUAACUUUUAAUUACUCACAUUAGGACGCGUGUCUAAGGGCUUUUAAUGGUUACGUCGCGAAAUGCACGUGCGUAAAAGACAUCCAACCUAUCGUACGGUUAACCAACAAGACAUACCCAUCAAAUUUUCGAGCAGGCUCCAAUAGUUUGCCCCACAGUCCGAGCUAUCCGUCUUUUCCGACGCGUCGUUCGAAUGAUCCGACGCUAACCUUUCGCGUACUACACACGUGUGCUUGCCACUUAAGUCGUUUCGUUGUGUAGGAACGACGGGCUUAUCUCCUUUUAGACGUUUUGCUGCUGGCUGCGCAGCGCGCUUUGGACGCGUGGGAGCGUUCUAUCGCCAGUACAAAGGAACAAUGCUCGGUAUUUUACAAAGUGCUAUAGUCGCGUGGAGGACGUCUCAUCAUCAGGGUAUUAUUGUGUUCUCUGUGCUCAAGGAAGCGAACAUCGUGUGUGCUCUUGGAACUUCGUCGUCUGCUGCCGUCUCGCCAGACGAACAGUUGAUGGACGCACCGAGCUGACCAUUUGCUUCGUUGAAUCCCAACGGUGCGUGUUUCGUUUUUUUUUUUCCUCACACGGCUGCACGGUGGUUGAAAGAAGAAGACCUGGAAAACCAUCUCGUCCUCGAGAUGUGUGGAGUGUGUGUGUGUCUGCGUGUGUAUGUGCGUGUGUGUGCGUCUUUCGAGGAUGCACAUGUGUCACAAGCUGACGACUGCGGUCACUGCGAACAAACAUGCCGUCUCUUCUUUAGAAGCGUAGUCCACGGCCGCAAUUGCUGGUGUGAGGAUGAGGCCUUGCGCCAAAGCUGCAUUUGCUGGCAUUAGUAUGGUCUCGCUGCCUUUUACUCGUAAACGCGUUUUCAGACUGAAAUAUUCGUCGGCUUGCCAAGCGCAAAGCGAACAGCAGUGACACCGCUUGAUUGAUAUAGACCGUGGCGUCCCAGAUCAAAGGCCACGCCACCACCGCGCCACCUAUAUAGUCUCUGAAGCCAAGCCUUAACGCUGCUCGGAGAUUUCUGCGCUUAUGACAAGCUCCAUAAACGCGCCUCUACUCGCACGCUGAAAAAUGCCUAAUUGCGGAAUUGUAUCUCAGCGGUGGCUAGAAAGCAUUACGGCAGAGCCUCCGAGAUCGUUACAGAGCAGGUGCGAUCUCAGAGGCCACGGUUGCCUAAAAGUAGGGCGUGAUGCGGUCGAGGGUGGCACUGGCUUUAGCUCGGCUGGGUCGAGAAAGAGAUUGGAAACGGGAAGCUUUUGUGGGAAUACGGAAGUGAGACUUCUGUAGACAUUACACUGUCCAGACUAGCCAAGGCUGCCCAAGACUGCCUGGGAGUGUCCAAGAUUCUACGUACGUCAACGCUGAUGGGUUGAAACCAGCACCUCGGGCACUCCAGAGCAGUCCGGAACGGCUCAUCUAGGAAACCCAUUGUGACGUCAUGUCAGUGUCAUGCAGUGAUUGGUACACCGUUAGGCCUCACACUCACUCCGGCAACGGCUGAAAUGGCCUACAGAUUCAUUUUUCUUCUUUCUUAACAGACGGUAUACAUGUUCUGCCCGAGGGAGUGUCGUACUUCUGUUGUUGGGCUUUCAAACAGAUUAACUUAAGUAUAGCUGUAGAAGGCGUGUUGUACGGCAGGACUUAGAGGCGGAUCCGCAGUGAUCACGGGACUCUUUAGAUUUAUUUUUUACUUACUCCUUUCUUUCCCUGAACGAACUCAUGUGUGAUUAGAGGUUAUUAGACCUAGUAAGUAAAGUGGCGAACAAAAAGCUGUGCGAACACCAUAUCCUCUCUUUUCUGAUGACUAAGAAGCCAAUGUGUAUCGAAGCUUGUACAACGUUGCAGUGACGACAGAUAACCUUGGUGCUAACCUUGCUAACGCAGCGUUUAGUGGGCUCCGCGUUGCCGGUGUUCGUACUUUCCUUACUUUCAUUUUUUUCUUUUUCACUAUUCUGAACCGGCUAUAAACAACCAGUGUACUUCUACGCGUUCAGUUGCUUUUAAUUUUAGCAUUCGAAGAGUUCGAUGAAGGCUUGUCUGUUUUUGCGUGCGACUUCGUGGUGCUUUAUAAGUGAAGCGGCUAAAUGCUAGGAAGCACACUUACAGAAUGACGCAGCAACACAGAGUCGCACCGUUGACUCGGUUGACAGAGCCCUCGUGUGUCUGUGUCUUCUCUUAUGUGUAUUGUGCUUGAUAAGAUAUAAGAUACGGAAACAAUAGCAAGGUAAGCACGAUACUGAAUUGAAUUCUGGGCUUUUAUACGUGCCAAAAUCACGAUUCGAUUAUGAGGCACGCCGUAGUGGGACCAGACUCCGGAUUAAUUUUGACCGGCAGGGGAUUUUCGACGUUCCCCCAAUCCACGGGUCAGGGGCGUUUGUUGCAUUGCAUCAGUCAUCGUCGACUGUCAACUUAUAAACAUGAACCAGUCGGUGAGCGUCGUCACUGCAACGCUUUCUGAACCGGCACUUUGUCGUCGCGGAUUUUCUUCCGUGCUCGUUUUGACUCAUCCCGUGCGGAAAGAACCUAGGACCAAAUCGAUCAGCUUUGCCGUAUUGGCGCGUACCUCCUUUAGCGUGUCGACGAGACGUCUUCAAGUCAAGGACCAACCCAACCAGUAUACCGCCUCCAUGGCACAUUCCGAAAACUCUCUCCGUAAAGGGUUGAUGUUAGCCCGGAGAUUUGUAUCUUAAUUAUGUGCUCGUUCGAUGUUCGUCAAUGGUUGUAUGCGUGGUUUCUCUCUCUCUCUAUCUAUCUCUCUUUCUCUACAGAACAGUAUUGUGAACAAUGCUUAACGAAGUGCUUGAACCGUUGAAAAGUGUCUUUCACUCUUUUGCUGGACAGGAACACAACACUGGGCGAAAAAAAUAAAAUGAAAUCGAGCACUGGCAGGCUGUCAGCUCAACGCUCACGUGCUGUCGUUGCCAGCCGCUCAAGCGACAUUUGGCGAUGUAAGAGCUUAUUCGAACUGAUACCGAGGUAUGCGACCCAUGGCCCACGGAAGUGGGCACGUUAUGAGAAUGUGUCACAUCGAAGUGCUCGUGCCAGUAGAUAAAAAGAGCAGAGUUACACAUCGUAACGACACUUUGUCACACUUCGCUUUAGGACAAGCCCUGAAGAAAAAAAAAUGCCACCGCCAGCGUUGCCACUUAGGCAUUCGCCUGCCGGUGACAGGUUUAUCGUUUGUCUUUCAAAAGUUGCCGAACCUCUGCGCUAAAGUCGAAGUGUGCCUGGGAAGACUUUGUAUAUGUGAGAGUGGAGGCGCGAGGAAAACGUGGAGUCAAGGAGGUUAACCGUGAACAAUGCCUCCGAGAAUGGCUACGCGCGGAGGCUGUCCGUGCGUUUUCCGAUCUCGGAGGCCAUGUCAAGAUUGUGCGUUUCGGCUACCCAACCUUGCGCUAAAGUCACAUUGUGCAUGAGAAGAACUCGUAUAUGUGGGAAUGCACGCGUGAGAAAGACGUGGAGGCAAGGAGGUUAGCCAUGAACAUGGCCUCCGAGAACGGCUAUUCGCGGAGACUUUCCGCGCUCUACGCAAUCUCUGAGGCCAUGUCAAGAAUAGACGUUUCGGCUACCUUACCCAGAAGGAAGGGUAAACGAGGCAGAAAGAAAAAGAAAAAUUAGACUGCGGUUGCGCCCACUGCUAAGCACGUGCUACCGUUCACUUAAGCUGGUCGCACAAUCCGCCAGUCUUCAAUUGGCUCCGCACAACUGUGCAAAAAGCACGGCUGUGGUCUGGUGCCUUUCUAGCUUACUUCUGGGUUAGAUUGGUAUGCGUGAAGCUGCUACUGAAUGACUAAAUGCGCAUCGUAAGCGGCAGGCUGGCAUCUGUAAACACUCAGGCUCAAAGUUGUCAAGCCAUUUUAGAAUUUCGCUCUUUACGCUAUGUUCCGGAAAUUUUCAUUUCCGUUUCAUUCUCUUUUUUUCUCGUUCGGUCUGUGUUCCUGUCCAGCAAGCGGCAAUCGAAGCGCGCCCCACUAAAUAUCCCCGUUUCGAGCUCGGGCAAUGUUUCCGUGGAAACUCUCUACAGCGCUGUUUGUGGCUUGACUACUGAUCGUGCUUGCGCGAGUUCGAGCAUUGACUGUGCGCUUUACUCACAGAAGGUCAGAAACACUUCAAAAUGAAUGUUCAGUUAGAUUCGUAGACGAUGUUAUUGUAAUACCAAAUAAGUUAGCCUUACCGUGAUCGGAGGCUCUGCCGCCUUUCGCUCUUUUUUUUUUUUUUUUUUUUUACUGUUCUUUGCUUACCACGGCAAGCGAGGAACAAUCCGAAAGAACGAAAGGCGGGUCAUGAAGCCAUCUUCAUGCAUCCCUCGCCAACUACCCGUGAUGUCAUUAAUUUCGACAGCGCCAUUUCGAGGUUAUAAUUUGCUACGAAUGAAGCACGAACGCCUCACAUUCGAAACUACCAAGGACUCAGACUAGGAGCUCCUCGGGACUUUUCUUUCUUUUUAUGCUGGGCGCAGGCAGCCCAGAAAAAUACGUCAAAACCACCCUCAAGUUUGCAAUGCCGCAUUGACGUCUCUCCGAUUGUGAAAUGUCAGAAUAAACGCUCGGCGAUCGAGUUUCUCUGUUAUUAGUCGACCCAUUUCAGCCGAGGAAGUGCAGAUAGAUGUUUGAAAGAAUGCUAUAUAGCUAUCUAAACGAAUUAAGUGCAACUUUUUUUUUUUUUUGCGUCCUCUCCAAGCUCGCAAUUUGCGAUUUCUGUGCCCGAUUUGCGGGCCAUACGCUACACAUCAUGCUUCCAUCUCGUGUCGCGCGGUUCCCUUCUUUACAGAAGUGCUUCUCCUCUAGCGGAGCUGCUAUUCAAGCUUAGAUAAUUUCAAGUCCGGCCAUUUUUAACUCUUAAUCCUUACAGGCUAAUCGUACAAGACAUGCGCUUCCAAGAGGUAGUUUUAUUCAGUCGCGUAUCACGCUGCCCCCAGCUCUCCGCUGACUCGGGCCACGACUCCAGCACUAUAGCUUCCAAGCAUCAUCAUCAUCAUUCCGCACACAUCGGUCGCUUGCAACGUUUACUUAAAAAUUCAGGAUCUAGAGCUGUCGUCACCUGAUAAUCUCUAUACAAAGCGAGGGGUUUGGACGCGUCAUUACGGCAGUUGCCAGUGGCACGUAUGAGAUCUCGAGCCAAAUCGACCACUCUUGUACGCGCAUUUCGUAUCGCCAUUGAUAAUGAAACGUGCAAACCUCUCACUUAAACAGUGCAUUAAACUAAUCGGAACGAGAAAUACAAAUCCAUGUUCCUAUACAAGGUGAUCAUUUUGAAGUUUUUUGGCAUUUUCAGAAAUCGGCUGUGUCAGAUAACGUGAUUUGUUUCCUGAAGCUGGAUUGUUCGAAGAGGUGGACAUUAGUAGCACGAGAAAUCGAAACAUAUAUUCAACUAAUUCAAAAAUUACUAAUUAACUCCUUAAUUGAUACCAGGAGGCACAUAUUGCAAGUUACGCAUUGUAGCCGGUGAGCUUGCAAAACGUUUCCACUUGAAAUAAAUUUCCAACAUGGCACCAGUUUCGAAUCUAUAUUAUUUCCCAAAAUAUGGCUAGAAACACAUGGGCAUUUCAGUUACCUUUGUGCUUCAAUGCGUAAAAUGUUGUUCGAUGGGAAAAGUAACUGGAACAACAUUGCAUUUUGGCGGCUAGUUCGAUGGCGAAUAUCUCCAAACUGGCGUCAUUCUGGAAAUUCAUUCCUAGGGAAUACGCCUUGCAAACUCGCCGGCUAUAAUUCGUGAAUUACAAUAUGGGCAGUAAUGUAAAUCAUUGAAAAGUUAAUUGGUGGAUUUUUCUUGAUUAGUUGAAUAUGUGUUUCUAUUUCUCGUACUCGUAAUGUCCGCCUCUGAAUAAUCCAGCUCAAGGACUGUAAUUAUGUUACCUGCAACGCGCUGUUAGCGCGAUAGCGUUAAGGGCCCCGGGUUGCAGAAAAUCUGGUGUCGCCGCCGGCCGUCUUGUGAGCUAAAAUUGUAUAUAUUCUACACGGCACUAAAGUUCCUCUAUCACUAGAGUUGCUCAUACCGUGUCUUGCGUUCUUUAGAAAGUUAUUCCUCGGAAUUUUCAGAAAGACAGGCCACAAACAAAUGUCACGAAACAAAACACCGACAGCGCAUGCCUUUUAUGUUAAAUCUUCUGGGACUGAAAUAUUCAAAGUGCGAAACAAUAACCGAUGAUGAGCCCACGCAAGAGGUCGCGUUUCUACCAGAAAGCUCGCCUUAAUGCAUAACGUUCGCCGCUAGCGUUUCCCGGUGAACAUGACGGUUACAUAAGCUGCAGUUGCCGAGAAGCGUGAGGAGCCCCCCCCCCCCCAGUCAGGGAUCAUUGAAUACUAUCGUGUUCCACUCUUAAUGACGAAGCUUAAGGGUCUUCCAAUUUUUUAAAGCGAAAGCUCUGCAAGGACAUGUCUCGAAAGGUCAUUCAUCGCGUCGCAAUGACCUUGAGCCGCCGGAGCGCAAGUGUGGCAGCUGUGACGUCAAGCCACGUGAUCCGCUGCUGAGAGGCGUAGCAGCUGUGCUCGCUCGGAGCCUCGCCGCUGCGGUACCACGUGACUAGGCGAAGGUUUAACCGUUUAACGGCUGCUUCGCCGGCGCUUGGUCGCUCAGUCUCGCCACGGAUGGCGCGCCGGCUGGGCCAUCUCUGCGUGCGCUUCAGCGCAACCGACAGGCUGAAUCCAAUCGUCCACUAGACAUAGCUAGACGGCAUGCUGCGAAAUAUCAGGCAAAAGGCAAAAUUGCCUACUUAAACUCCGGAGCAAAGUGAGGACAGAUUAGCGCGUUAUAGAGAAGCUUACCAAGCGCGUGAGCGUGCCAAGAUCGAAGCGACUGCAACUGCCGCCGUCGUUCAGCAACACGAACAACAAGGAGAAGGAGACGAAGCCGUGGAUACAAGCGACGGCACCCGCAACGGACGUUUGACGAACCACGCCCUUCGGCUGGCGCCAAGCUCGAUUGCGAUGGUCAGGUUUCACUUCGCACUUCGACUUCAGAGACAACCGUUCGGCAGCGUGUGUGACGUGUAUGAAAGACUGGCAUAACUUUAACAAAACACUGUGUGCAUAGUCCUUGCAAAACCAAGCCAACUAGACCUUUCGCUCGUGAGAACUCGGUUUGCAAGAGCUAAACUUCAGCCAAUUUUUUUCUCUUAAUUUCAUAAAAUUUAAAAAUGAUCACCCUGUAUAAGGCACGCAGUAUGCUUCCGUGAGGAGCUCUGCAAUAGUUCGCUAACGUUCGCGUUCAAAAAAAGCCUGGCAUAUCAUGUUGCUGGUAGGGCACGAUUUGCGGUCAAACAUAUUUCCUUCAUAACUGCCGACCGUUCUUUUUCUCAGUGUGCAAUUUCCACGCAUACGUCCUACUGCAAGAGUAUUCACUGACGGCUGGAAUGAACUGAUACUCGAGCCAUAGCCUCCGAGAUUGGGAGGCGCGCGGACAGCGCGGGCCGUUCGAUCUCGGAGGUUAUUGACUGUUAACUGUAACUACAUUUACUGGAAAGACGUGCGGCCACCGUGUGGUAGCGUUUCUACAACCAAGAAAAGUCUGUCUCAGUACCCGUUUCAGCAUCCAGCUGCGUUUGCUGUAAUCCACACUGCCUCGCAAUAUGUUAAAUCAUUUUUUCCGUUCUGCCCCUCGAUCGUUGCGCGAUAUUUUGGGCUUUCUUCGUCCUGCAGUGGCCAUCGUGUACCAGUUCACUAUUACAGUGGGGGCAGUGGGGUUUAAGUGGGAUCUUGACGACGCCAAUAUCACGCUGGGGCAUUGAGUGACAACUGGUGACAACAAUGGAGGGAACACCUAGAUUGCGCGGAAGCGCAACUACACGUCCCAGCGUGACGUCUACUUUUCGGGAAUAUUAAGUUACGCCGAAGGCUUAGCAAUUUACGUCGUAUCGCCAGUGAUAGACAUUUGCCUAUAAAGAGUCUGCUAGGAGUGGCAAACAAAAGGAAGAUAUGUGAUUAUUGUUGCGUUAUACAUAGUAUGCACGUACGUCAUUCAAGGAUACUCCGCGUCUUCCGGUUUACGGCGGCGCCAUGUUGGGGAACCCAUAAGCCUAUGCGUGCGCCUGUUAAUAAGGUUCCCCAAGAUGGCGGAAGGUAGCGCAAGCAGACGACAGCAGCGGAUGUGACGUCACGUGCAUACUAUGUAUACACAUGCUGGUGUUUCAUUUUCAUAGUGCAGUGAGUGCUUUGGGUGCGUGGUCAGUUUGUGUCGUCUUCGUCAGCUUCUUCGCGGGAAAGCUACGGCGACGUCGGCGGUGUUUCGUCUGAGCCAGCCUGUCCAACGUGUGUCUGUGUGCGCCUGUGCCAUUUCGUCGUCGUCCUCGUCUGGAUUCGUCCGCGUCGCGUUUCUCGUCUCGUUUUUUUUCUUCCAAAGGCUGUUUGCGGUCGUUCACGUGUAAAUAAAGCGAUCCUCGCUGUUACAUUAAAGCAUGUCAUGAUCA